GGUAUUGUGUGCACUCGCUUAUUAAAGACAAAGGAAAAGAUCCUUGGGUCGUUAGUCCUACUGAUGAAACGUGAAAAUAACAUUGAAUUAUUAAUUGCUGUCACUUGAAGAGAAAAAUCUAUGAAGUUAGUUAGAUUAUUGAGAAUCAGUGUAACCCUAUAUGCUAAACUCAUUGGCAAUUAAAGGAGAUAGACAUGCAAUGCGGACAUAAUGUGCAGUACUGGACAGAACAAACCAUCGCGACCAUACAGUAACGGUUUACAGUAACUUGUGAGCGUCAGAUGAAUAUAUGUGAGAGACUGAGAAACAAAUAUUCACUGUUAAUUUGAGGAGACAGGAACGAAACAUUACACUUAUGUCAGGAGAUAAAGGGAUGUUCUAUACACGUGUUCGUUAGUACUUUGACGGAAACACCAGAAAAAAACACGUUUUGGCUCUCGGACAUUUGGCGUAUUCGGAUUACUGUGCUGCCAGUAUUAAAAGAUGGAAAAUCUGACAAUGGUGAUUUCAAAUACUUCUACACAAUUUUUCCAGACUUUAGAAGAAAUCAAUGCGUCAAAAGCGGAACAACGACUCCCCACUGUUAUUUUCCUAACGAUUCUAAUUAUCAUUGGAGUAAUUGGAAACACGGUGGUCAUUAUUGUGUAUUCCCUAAAGUACCCACCGUCCACAUUUCGACUGUACAUCCUGACCCUAGCGGUCAUUGACCUUCUCUCCUGUAUUUUCGCCAUGCCCGUUGAAGUUGUGGACAACGCCUACCCGGUUAUGUUUUAUAGUGAAGCUUUCUGCAAAUGUGGUCGUUUCUUUGGGAAUGUAUUUAAGAUUGGAUCAGCUUUUGUUCUUGUUGUGAUGGCAGCGGGUAGAUACAAAAAGAUUUGUCACCCGUUUUCUACCGCCACCACUUUAAUUCAGGCUCGUCUGUGCUGCGCGGCCGCCAUCCUUCUGGCCAUUGCCUUUUCGUGGCCAAAUGCAAUCAUACAAGGGAUCAAACAAGUGUAUUUUCCUGGGAAUGUUACUGGUUUUGACUGUUCUAUUGAUGAUAAUAUUAGAGACACAAAAUAUCCAUUCAUUUACUCUACUAUUCUCUUCGUUUUGUACGUGUUAGUAUUUUUGUUGCUAACUGUGCUAUAUACUCUUGUGAUUUUGUCACUUCGUAAACAUACUAGAAAGCAAUCGACAAAAAAUAUGAAUGAAAGACUGAACAAAACGAACCCAAGAAUUACAAAACUUAUGAUUGCAAUUACGGUGGCUUUUAUUGUGUGCUAUCUUCCAAACUGUAUUUUGGAUGCUAUCUCUACAUUCAAAAGAGGUAACAUUUUCCCGCCAAGCCCCAUUGUUUUGGGAACUCUACCGCUUUUAGCCAGAGCAUUCUUCAUUAACAAUAUCAUCAACCCUUUCAUAUACUUAAUCGGGGAAUCAAAAUUCCGAAACAUCAUUCACCAAUCUCUGAGAUGGUUAUACUACACCAUCUGUUGUCCUAAAGAAAAGCAAAAGAAAAGUUUCGCUAUUACAGAGUCAAUUCGACUAACAGAGGUUAGAUCUACAGACUCUUAAUUGAGGAAGACAUAUUGGUAUGCAUAUCGUUCGAAUAUUAAAAUUGACUCUGAGAUAAAAUGCUUAUCUUUAUUGUGAAGUACAUAUACAUGUACUUGUUCAAUAAGUCUCUUUCUUUUUAUGAAUGUUGGAUUAAAACUAAAUGUUUUGAUUCUGAUACAUCAUUGAGAGCACUCUUUAAAAUAUUAUGGACAAGAAUGUUUUUAUACCAAGUGAACAUAUUUUAGUAUUAAAAGCAAAAUUGUGUAUUAUAAAUCACUGAUUCAAAAAAGAUAACAAUAUAUCCUGUUUAAUGCAGGAAUAUAGAAACGUCUGAUUGAAUAUUUCACUAAACAUAAAUUUGUACUUAUCAUAUCAGUGGUCUUAUCACUGAAACAUGGCUGAUUGGCUGAAAUACUCCCGACUUGGCGUUAAACAAUAGUAAUCAAUGAAUCAAUCAAUCAUUUGUCAUUAUAGCACCUGCAUUAA